ACUCAACUGGCGGUUUUCAUGCGAGUCAGAUCGUUUCCCGAGUAGUAGUGGUAAAAAUUUUGUUAAACGUGAUGCGCUCCAGCUACCGUGUUCAGAACUGCCGACCGCUUCUGUUAGAUUACAAGCGAAUAUCGGUCUUAAGUUUCGUUUGAAUUACGCUGAGUGAUACACCGUUUACCGCAUGUGCGAUUUCCGUGGCGCAUGUCGUUUGUUUGUCACAUGACAAGGUUUGUAAACACCGAUUGAGUUUAAUAUUUGACGUUAAUUUCCAACAUGGCGUGUACUGUUAUCAGUGAUAAACACUAGAAGCGUCCUGAAAAAGUGCAGGCUCGCUCUACAAAAUAUUGGGCCUCAUGCAGAAUGCUGGACAACAGUACGGCCAAGGAGGUGCAUCCUUCCACCAAACAGCACCUUUUAGUGGCCACUCAGAGACUACGACAUCUAGUGGGAGUAUAACUAGCUCGCUUAGACAAUUUAGAAGAAAAAAUGAAGAUAAACAUAACCAUACUGAUAACAACACUGCAUCUGUUACAAAUGAAAGCCAUGUAGCAAGAGUGGCGCCCCACAGCCAUUAUCCGCCCAGAUCCUCUGUCGAGUGUUACCGAUAUCCAACACAAUAUCCAGAUUAUGGCUUACAACAACCUGUUAAAUACUCAGAGAUAUCCGAACCACAUCCACAAUUACCAGAACAAACUUCGCCGUCGGUGAUACAGAAAGCUAAGGGUAAAGAAUAUAUGGAAAUGUGUAAUAUGCAACAACAUAGGAAGCCUUCCUAUGAUCACAUGAAUGGACAACAAAAUUAUAGUGAAAACUUUAAUCAACACGAUCAGUAUGACAGUAUAAAUGUCCAUCCCUCUUACAGACGAGAUCCUCAGUUCAUGCCAAAGGAUCCCGAAUUCUGCAAACAAAGUAUUUAUCUUGCUUCUACUCGCAAAAAUGAUUACUUAUCAAGACUACAAAGGAUUCAUCCAAAUAUGGCUAGGUCUAUAAUGAGUGACCAUCAUUUGCAAGAGACCCAAAACUUACAAAACUUAUAUCAAGAUUUGCAAAAAUCUGUAACUAUUCGUAAGCCUCAACACCAAAUAUUUGCCAAUUAUCCAAAUAGUAUACAAAAUAACACAUACCCUCAUGGAUACGUGCCGUAUACGAAUUACAAUUGUAACUAUAACAGACCACCUCAGAUGACACCUAGAUUUCCUCCCGUUAAUCCCCACGAACGGAGCAUGUCUCCGAGAAGGAGUUACUCUGGCCAAAUGAGUUUUCCAACUAACUACGAUACAAUUGCUGCACAGAAACUCCCACCUGCUUACCCUCAGUACAAUGCUCCUGAAUAUGCUCAACAUUAUCAACACAGAGGAGCAUCAAUGGGACAAGAUUAUUAUCAAAGGCAUUGCAGCCCUACCCAAUAUUUGGCCCCUCACCAAAUUCCACCGCCAGAUAUUACAGAAGGUAGAGUAACAGUUUCAGACAAUAUAAAACAUUAUAUAGAAAACUGGGCGGAUGAAGAAACUGCGACAGAAAUGAACCAAAUCGAGAAUCCAAGGAUGUGUAAAGAAAAUAUCAGAGGAAGAGAUGAUCAGUCCACUGAAACUGUGUAUAUGAUAAAUGCAUCAGAACUACAAUAUUUAGAAAAUGGGUUACUGACAUCUGAAAAUGGAAUGACGGUACCAGUGAUGGCAUCUGAAUCUGGUCAAUAUGUUAUUAAAAGUGAAGUUUCUUUAGAAGGCGCUUCUGAGAUGGUUAGAAUAGUGGAAAAAAGUAGUCAACUGGAAGUAGAUCCAACAACUGGAGAAAGAGUGGUUAACCUUCAUAUCAUGGAUACAGUAAAACCAGACUGCAUGCUGAACAGUAAACUAAAUGAGUCCCACCAAAGAUCUCUUGAAAAUCCAUAUACAGAAUCAGAAAAACCUCGAGUUUUAGUCCACCAAAAUACAGUUAUAACAUCAGGAAAUCAAAUCACAAAUGAAACAAAUGAAAGGAGGGAUACAACGCGACCUAUCGGAGAAACUUUGAAACUGGGAAAUAGUUUACCAUUGAUUAGUGAUACACUAGAAGAACUUAAUAAAACAAUUAUGAACGAAUGCAGAAAAGAAACAGUGGAUAAAAAUUGCUCACCAAUUAAUUUAGAAGAAAUUGAAAAGUAUAGGGAGCAAGAGAUGACAGAAAAAAUAAAAUCCUCAGCGGAUUGCUUAGUAGAGGAAAUUGCUAGUAUUCAAGAAAUGUCUAAUUCCCCAAAAAAUAAUUCCUUCGAAGAUGCUCACAUAAAUAUGAUAAAGACUGACAUAAUUACGCAUCGUGAUGAUCAGAACUCGCUACUUAAAGAUUCACAUAAAGAUAUUGAAGCUUUAUUUGAUAGUUCUGUCAAAAACACGCAGUCCACCCAACCUGAAAUGAAAAACAAUUCCUUCAAUGAAAUAGACGAAGAAGAUAAAUCUACUACCGAGAAUAAAAACAAUAACAUAUCAAAAGAAGAAAAAUUAAUAACUGAAAAAACAAUUAAUGAGACUGAACAACAAUCAACUAGUAGCGAUAACCUUACGGAAGAAAUUAUUCAAAUUCCCGAGAAAAAAGAUUAUAAAGAAGAAGAAUCUAAAAUAAACUCUGACAAUACAACUCAUAAUGAUCUAUCUUUGGCUAUUGAUACAGAUAAAAUAGACAAACGAGAAAAUGAAGACACAGGAAUUACGUCUUUAGAGGUAAAGAAAACCGAAAAAACUGUAACAAAACGUUCAAGGCGUAUUUUCUCUGUAGACGAUAUUAUCAAUAAUAUUGGAAAAAAAUUGAGGUCCACGGAAAGUAACAGUACAUCUCGAAGGUACAGUCUGAAAACGACUAAAGAAUUUCUGGAAAUGGAAAUCACAAACACCUUCAAAUCUAUAAAAUUACCUACACUUGAAACUCAUAGUAGGGAUGAAAAAAUUCAGACGUUCAGUACUAAAAAUAAUGAUAAUAAUAUUCUAGGAGUUGAGGAAAAACAAGUAAACAGCAACGGAAAUGUAGCAAAGCUGAUUAAUUCUAUUAAUACCUCUGUAGAUAACUAUGUUAUGGAAGUAAUGAAUGAAGAAUCAACUAUAAUAAGCAAAUCAGAAAAAGAAUCUGAAUUUUCAGAGCCAAAUGAAAUUUCCAAAGAAAAUGAACUGGAAAAACGGUUAUGUACCAAUUUUUUGUACCUACCAGAAAAUGAAUUUGAAAACCAACAGUCCACAAAUUUGAAUCUUCAAAGUUCUAAUGAUUCAGAGUUUCCAGAACCAUUAGCUGUAACAGAAGAAAUAGUAUUAAAUGUUAAAGAUAUUGAUUCUCAAGAAACCAUUACCAAAGAAGAGAUUAGUUCAGAUCCAGCUAAUGUCAAAUCGCUGAAUUUAUCAGAGAAACCUUGUGAAGUCACUGAAGAAUUAUCUCUACAAUGUAAACCUGUUAGUACUGUAGCAUCUCCAGUCAAAGACACUAUUAAUACAACUGAAGAUUCUUCUCUAGAACCAAAAGUACCUGAUCAACAAGAAGUGCAGUACCGUAAUGUUAUAAGAGUUGAAGAAUCUACCGUUCUCCUUGAGAUAGCCGGAGAAUUAGUUGAAAUAAAUGUAAAUAUUGUUAACGGAAAAAAUAUAAUAACUGUAGUGCCUCUUUCAGAUACGGCUGUUGUAGAUUUCAACGAUAAUUAUGAAACUUCUGAAAAUCCUGAAGCUACAGAUCCCUUAAAGUUGGACGAUGUACCGCCACAACAAGAAACAUUGGCCGGAAUUGCCCAGGUUAAUAUAGAAGCUCCAGAGUCUGAUAUCGUUGAGACUACCAGUGAAAUAAUCAUCGGUAUGGAUUUAAGUUUAGAAGAAGAAAUAAAAUUGGACGUAGAUCAACCACCAAUAAUUUUUACCAAAGCUGCCAAAAAAGCUUAUGAUUGUGAUUUACAAAUUCCUUCUAUAACUACUAGUGGAGACAUAUUGGAUAGCACUCGCGUUAAAACGUACAAUUUAAACGAUAAAGUUAGCUCAACCAAGGCAAAAACAAAAAAAAUUAAGAAUGUUGAAUCUGAUUCAUUAAAAUCGCUUAAAAGAUUAUCAGUCAAAUCUGAUAAGAAAUCCUUAUUCAGAGAUCUCAUAGCUGCUAGGAAUAGAAAAAAAAUUAAAUUGGAAAUGAAUGAUAAUGAAGACGACGAAUUUGUACCAUUUAAAGAUUUGAUUAGGGCUAGAAAACUAAGAAAAAUAAAAUUGAAAGAAAUGAAAAAUAGUGAAGAAGCCAAAGUCGAUUCAACUAUAAAAAUUGAUGAAAACAAUAAAGAAGCUGAAACUGUAGAAGAAGUAACAGAUGUACACGAAUUAAUUGAAUCAAAAAUAGAAAAAUUCCCAGAAGAAAGCAAUGAACUCAGAAGUGAAGCUUUCAGCGAAGUAUCUGCAAAUACUUCUGACAAAAAACAGAAAAGUGUGUAUAUUGAAAGGAAAUGUGAAUAUACACCAGAAGUAUUACCCACCAAUGUAAAACAAUUGGAUGAUCCUAAGAUACCUAAACCAAAUGAAAAUUUACCUAAAUCACAAAUAAAGAAAAAACUUAGUUUGGAAGAAUAUAAUAAAAGAAAAAGGAAACUACUGAAUUCUGAAAAAUCAGAAUCCACCCAUGAAAAGAAAUCUAAAAUAGAAAGACAACAGUCUGAAGUGGAAACUAGCAAAACUAAUCCCAAAAAAAAUAAACCUCAACGGACAAAAUCUUUAGACGAUUUAAAUUUGCUCAAAUCCAAAGAGACUCAAAGUAAAAGGAAGCUCAGUCUUGAAUAUUCUCCAGUAAAACAAAACUAUUUUGAUUGGGAAGAAACACAAUCUCCAAAAGUCAAUAUAAGUCAGAAGGACCAGGAUAGCAAAAUAUGUGAAUUCAAAGGUCUCAUUAACAAUAAUAAUAAUAACAAACCAAAAGUACUAAUAGACAUUAAUGAUUUCAAUUCUAAGCCAAAUAAUGAAAGUUCCGAAGACGAAAUUCUUCAAAACUAUAAGGAACAAGUAGAAUCCAAAUUGAAUACUUUGAAUUUUCAAAUUCCAAAGCCAGCCAAAUCGCUAGAACGACAAAUAGUUAAUCCUUUUUCAAAACCUGAAACAAAUAGUUUAAUUGAAAGGUUCCUAAAAAACGAGAAGCUUAAUGGAGAGGAAAUGGAAAAAAUAAGAAAGAUAAUAUCAUAUAAGAGGUUGAUGCAGCAACUGAAAAAAAUUAAAAAUCAUGAUCUCUCAAGGACGACGUCCUUAAAUCCUGCUUAUGAAGUUCGAAAAGAGCUUUCAGAAAAACAAACUAAGUUGCUGUUAAAAAAAGUAUCAGAAAAGAAAAAGAGCCGUUUUCGAAAUUUGCAUUCCACUUCAGACAGUGAAACGGAACACGAAUGUCGCGAAAAAACGAGGUGCAGUGGUGAUUACUCGGUAGUCCAAUCAGUAUGUUUGGCGGGAGUAGUGCCUAAACUUAUUAUCAAGAGAAAGACUGAGAUGCCUUUACCGUUUGUUAGAUUAGAAAGGUUAGAUCUCGGCUUAUUGGAGGAGAAAAAUGGGAGAUAUGUCGGUUGAAUUGAAAGAUUUUGAUUUGAUUAUAGUGAGAAAGGGACCAAAAAAUACCAAAGUAAAUAAGUUGUUGUCUGUUUUAAUUUAAUGUUUAUAAAUUUUUUAUAAAAUUAUAGAUAUAAUUUAUUUUUUGGUUUUUGGGUUAAGUUCAAUUAAAUAAAGUUGAAAGGUUGAAAUAAUAAUUAACAAGACCAUCCAUGCAUAUUUAUAAUUUGAUUGUAUAUAUAUAUAUAUAUAUAUAUAUAUAUAUAUAUAUAUAUAUAUAUAUAUAUAUAUAUAUAUAUAUAUUUUGUAAUUGAUAAUCAGCACAUACAUUUGAACGCUAAUGAACUCGUGAAGAUUUUUCUGGUAUAGUCGAUAUGUCCACGCUAUCUCUCAUUAUAUCUUUCAUUAUAUUAUAUAUUAAUACCUCAUAAUACCAUGAAGUUUUCUGUUAAUGAAGAUUCCUCAAUCUUACUGAAGCCACUCGUAAAUAUUUUGUAGUUUCGUCUUUAACAACCAAAAGUAAUAAUUAGUGUAUUUACCAUAUUCAUAGUGAACAAAAUUAUCAUUGAAACUAAAGUUCAUUAUCUGAUUAUAUUAUGAAUUUAUCUGCCUUCAAAACUGUUUUGCAGACGGUGAUAAUUUAGUUUGUUAUCAACACCAACAGUUCUAGCAAAUUUCUAACAUUAAAUACUUUUCAACUUUAUUUUUGAACAAAUGCAAUUAUUGAUUAUUAUUUGGUACAGAUAAUACUAAUAUUAAUCUUUAUUUUUUGUUAACUAUUCUUUGAAUGUUCCUAUGAUAUUAAACUAUGUAGUUAAAUAAGAUGAAACAGAAAAGUGCAAAAUAAAAAUAACAAUAUUUUAUUUGAGAUAGAUACGGUUUUCGGAAAACAUUUUUAUCCCGCACUUAGGUGUACUUCUAGUACUGAUUAUCACAUCUCUUGCUGGUGUCACAACUUUUUGGAUAUCCGUAAUAUUGAAACCUUAAUUACCCUGUAUGCUUCUUACAUUAUUCAUUUUCGGACUGCUGAUUCAUCUUUUCUGAAUAUUGGUUUGAUAAUAUAGUAAAAGAUUUUACAGUUCAAUUCAAUUUAAUAUUUGAAUUGGUUCUUAUAGUGUAAUUCCUUUAGUUGGUUUGUUUUUUUAAGAUCCAUACCAAGUAUAACUCUAAAAUCAGUUGUCUUUACUUUUAUUUGAUUGCACACUUUAGCAAAGGAGAUUAUAAUUGGGACAAUACGUUGGCAAAUACAUUUGAUCCAGAGUAGAGAAGUUCAUCAAAAAAUUUCCUUGAAAGAAUUUACUUCUCUGUUCCUAGGUGCUUAUAAAUAGAUUUUUUCUAUUUUCUCUGUUGUCUUUGAAAAGUAUAUUUAGAAAGAGUCGUUUUAGCUUCUUGGAUGAAUCUACGACUUUUGGAUUUAAUUUUAAUGUUUCAUCUAGAUGUUUACUGCUGGUUUUUCAAAUUGGUACGCUUUACUCCUUCCAUGACGAUUUUUUAUGUAUUUAUUAUGUAGCUGCUUUUUUAAUAAUGGAUAUUUUAUUUGAUUCUUACGUUCUAGUUUCAUUUGAUAUCUGUUCCAAGAUCUAUUCUUUUUUUAACAAGCCCAAAUGGCUCAGAACAUUUUCAAUUUCCAAUGUCUCUUGGUCAGUAGGUAGGUAGACAUUUAGAUCCACAAGCGUGUUUCUAUAUUUAAAGAAAAAAUUUCUUAUUUGAUCAAAUUAUGUGCUAAAUGCUUCCAUCACUCUGCUCUGAUUGUGAUGUCAGUCCCUGUUUAAUGAAUUUAUGUGAAUCUGCGAAAACUGUGCAUUUCUUAAAUAAUGAUAUUGCUACGUAUCAAAAUAUUUUUUAAUAAAUUGCAGCUUAUUCCAUAGAAGUGAGUACAAUUUAUGUUGUAAUUAUGUAAUACAGAGUUUAAAAGCGUUGUUCCACUUUUUGUUACAAAAUAUAUAUUAUUUUUGUAAAAGUGUGAAAUUGAAAAAAUUUAAAUUGUUAGUUAUGUGUACAAAAAUCUUUAUUAUAAUUUAUGUCUAUUUAUUGUUUGAAUAAAUGUUACAACCCGAAUAUUUGAGAAGAUUAAAAUAUUUUAUAUAAUUAAUUUUAUUGAAAAUAAAUUAUCAGAGUAUAAAUAUUUUGAUUCAAGUAUAAUUUUUUUAUCUAAAUGUAUUACCACUAAUAGAAAUAAGUUUUGAAAACCAAUGAAACAAUACAAGAUCAUGAACUCAUCAUCCACAUCUACUUCUUCAAUUGUUUAUUUCUUAGACCUUAAUUUUUUUAUUUACUAAAUGCGCUGUUUUUUGAUUUUUGGACUAUUUCAAAAUACCCUUCUUUUUUAUUAAUCUACUUAUAAAUUACAGAAUUUUCACAUGGUAGAGAUAGAAUUAAAUAUCAUCAUGUCAUUUAAUAUAUUUGGUUUUGAUAUAAUUGUCAUAUUAGAUACAGACAAGGACAAAACAUAGGAUUUGUUGGUAUUGACAUUGGAGCUGAUUUUAUAAGGUAAUAGCUAUUGGAGUAGGAAACAAACUCGCAAUAUUCGCUUGACACCUGUAAUCAACCUGAACUGGAUUUAUAGAUACACAAUUUCAGCAACACGAGGAAUUGCAAUUGAGACUACUUGAUCCUGAUUUAUCACUAUUUAUUUUAUUGGUUCUAGUAAAUGAAACUAAGUUUGAGUACCAGUGGUAGCUUCUUAGUAGGCUCUUUUUAUUAAGCAUUGAACUUAAAACUUAGUACAACUACACAGGUGCUCUCAUUAUUCCACUAAUGAUGCUCUAAAGCCUGUAGCUGUGUCUAGUGUUCUCAACAAAUUUAAAAUUAAACGAACGAUAAGGAUUGAAAGAUAAUGACUGUGGAAUGGGACUGUAUAAUGGAUGUCUCGUAUUUUAGGCUUUGUAAUCCUAGGCCAUUUGGAGUAUCGCCUUCUCCUAGAAAAUAUGUCCUGAAUGUAUUUGUAUUACAUCAGUUUAUUGUUUCAAAAACAUUAAUCUUACUAAGUAAAUGAAUAAAUGAUUGUGAUAAUUGAUCUAUGAAUUUAUGUAUCAGAGUUGUGAUUUCUGGCAAUAUUUUUAAAAACAAUAUGAAUUACACUAUUAUGCGGACGGAUAUUCAAUCUUUCAUAAAAACAAGAUGAAAUUUUUCUUUCAACAAUGUCAGUCAACAAUUUAUCAUAUGCAGUGUGAUCUAUCUAUAGUGUACAAACCAUAAUAAAGGUGAGCUUCAUAUCCAAAGGUUAAUAUUGAAGGUGAAGCUAGAGCUGUGUUGUGAGAAGUCUGAGGUAUUUAGGAAAAAAAACCUUCAAAAUAAUCAUUUGUAAUUAUCGUAAUCUGAUAAACGCGAAAGUGUUUUUCUUGCAACUUAUGAUGCAAACAUAAUCAAAAUUCUAUUUUAACCCAAUUCACAUCAUUAGAUUAGAUUAGCCAGUUUUUCGGUUACUUUUGUAUCCUAUCAAGAUCUUUAUUUGCAAUUUUGUUGGUUCGACAUAAUAUAAAAAAUUCUCACAGCAAUUUUUGUGGGCAGUGGUAAUUGGGUUUUGGUGUUCACCUUUACACCCCUUUUAACGAUUGGGAUUUAUAUUGUUGUUGUUUUCUUUACAAGAUCUUCGUCUAAAUAUUGCCAAGAAAGCUGUUUGAGUAAGACAUACUUGUCUGUUUGUAUUUUAUUUUUGUGUGCCUUAAUUCGUAACGCCUUGAUAUACACAUACACCAAUGUUGUGCCUACAUAUCACUUUUGUAAUUUGCGGGUUUCAUGUAUAAUUGAUCUUGUUUGAUGUUUAUUAGUAGAAAACUUGAAUCGAAAUUCAAUCCUAGAUAAAACAAUGUUAAUUAGUUUGUUGAAAUCAAAUAUAAUUAAUAUUUCCUUUUGGGUAUUACAUUCCUACAUUUUUCCAUUGUACUUUAAUUCUUUCGUAGUUUUAAUUAUGUUCAAAACCAUUCCAAUUUAUUUUUUUUCGUAUAAAGAUGUUCCGAGUGCUGGAUGAUUUUAGAUUCACGUAUUAGAAAUAAUAUUCAUGCUUCAUAUGACUUUCAAAUAAAAAUGUUUGCCUCAUGCCUCAUUUUUUGACUAUUUUAUAUUUAUAUGGGUUAUUUGAUAAUCAACGUUGAAAAAAUCACUGGGUGUAUUUGAAAGGAAAAACAGAUAGAACAAAACAUACAAAAGUCUUCAAAAUUUUUUUGUUGCCACAAGUAUGAAUUUUUCUGAACACGUGAUAUCUUGUUUAUGUAAAUUUUGCGAUUUAAUUCUAGAAAAUGGAAACUUUAAAAAACCAAAUUAAGUUGAAACAAAUCAAAUCAAGUAUAUAUUUCUAAUGUAAUAAAUCAAACACUGUGGAACUCUUGCUAUUAUGUGAGGUUUUGUUAGUUAGAGUCAGAAAAUCUUGUAAAUAUUUAUUAAUAGCGGGGUGUUUUAUUUCUAGUCCGUUUUGUACAGCGGUAUAACAUUUGUAUAAAUAAAUAAGUUUUAUUUUUAUUCAAAAUAUGUACAAAAUGAAGAAAUUAUUUAAUCGGUAUUAAAAUGCGGUACAGUUUUUUUUAUGAAAAUGAUUUUCUUCAAAUACACUCACGCCUAUCUUAUAUACAAUUGCUCUCCGUAAAAUGCUGCAAAGUCGAUUAUGUCGCUUACCCAAUAAUAUUUAAUCACAUGAAGUCGAAUUCCAGAUUCAUAAAAUUUAUGUAAAUUAACAUAUUUGGUAGAAAAACUCUAUUUAUUCUAAUUAUUUGAUCCAGUGGUAGUGCAUUUUAAUGUUUGUAGAGAGUACAUUAUUUUAUAUUUUAAAAUUAAACUGUGUGUUUGCGAAUAAUAAAGAAUCAAUAAUUUCAUUGAUAGUUGGUGGCUACACGAUAAUAAAAUGUUGUCAUUAUAUGAUUUCGUUCGUAGUGUCUCUGAUAGUUUCCAAAAUUUCUUCUUUUUUUUGGUAAUAUUGAUAUUAAUUUGUCUUUCAAUAUUUUGUCUCAUACUCAGGAUUCUCCAAUGAUUUCAACACUCAUUCAAUCGUGAUAUAUGGCAAAAGUUUUCCACAGGAACAAUAGAAUUGUACUUUUUUUGUCAAUAACAAUGUACCUUUUUGGGUUAAUUACAUCAAAAUAAAAAAAAUUGUUUUCAAUAAAAAUGAAAACCCAGACGACUUGUUUGUGAUGUUUUUUGUAAUUUUUUUAUAGGUCCUCAUCUUUUAGAAUUCUAAAAUAUAUUUUUCCUGCAUAUUAUUCAAUUUUUUACCCUUGCGAUAAAUUUUUCAUUCUCAUCAGGAAUGGAAACAAAGCAUAAAAUGCUUUUUUAUUAUUAACUUAUUUUCAAAAAACUUGCAUUAAGGAAAUGCUUUGAAAGCGCUGUCUUAACAAAAGCUAUCACUAGAGUGAUAUUAUUAAAUGGUUCAUUUUUGCAAACGUCUCAGAUAACUAACUAUAUUACAUAAAGCAAUAAAAAUGUUCAUUAACAGUUUCUUGCUAAGAAUUAAUAAACCCGCAUAAUUAACGGAAAACAAUUUUAUAUAGGAGACCAUAACUUUACCUGAAUAAGAGUUUAAGAAUAUUCAUAAACUUCAGAAAUGUGCCUUUCGUCUCAAAAAAUAUUUCUUGAAGAUUAAUUGGCACAAAUCAUUCUCAAAAGUUUUAAAAUACGUGCAAUUAUUAUUCUUUAUCGAAUUUAUUGUUUGUUUGAAUCUAGAGGCAAUAAUUUCUUCAAUUAUCUGGAAUUUAAAAUAUCAAAUUGAAGUUUUUGUCUAUUUUUCUUUUUAAAAAAAUAUAGCUUAAAAAAUAAGUAGCCUUAUCUUUUUAGUAUUAUUUGUUACCAUGCGUACUGAAACGAAUAUAGAUGUCUAUUCGUUUUAGUUUGCUUGAAAAUAUUUUAGAUAUAAUGUGAGUGCCUUAGCACCAAUAUUGACUGUUAUUUUUGUACCAAUUUACUGGUAUAUUGUGUAUUUAGCACUGUGUUAUUAAAAAGGUUUGAAAAAUUCUGUCAUUUUAUUUUGAUAUCCC